UGUGGGUUUAGGGUUUGUGGUGUGGUUCAUGGCUGCUGGAUACGCGGGGAAGCUGGCGUGUUUCCUCAUCAAGGAUCAAUUUGGGGACCUUGUCCAUAGCGUGUGCGAGUGUUUGAUCUCUAGAGGGCAGCUUUCGUUGCCUGAGAUUGGCAGCUUCACUCUCCUCGCUCGCCCGCACCUCGCCAGCUGCCUGCUCGUCUUGAUCCAGCACAAUUGCGUCCAGGCAUUCAAGGUCCUCGACGAAGACAACUUGGAAGCUCGAUUGCGCUACACUGCUAUUGUGGAUCACGUUGUUCUUCGAGCCUGCUUUCCAUUGUUCCUGGAGCUUAUACGUGAAAAGACUGGAAAUGAUCAGUCCGAGGAGCUGGCUCUGGGCUUGCUACAGCACGGUCGAUUAACUCUGGAGCAACUAAUUAAGCGUGAUGCCGAAUGUAGCAACUCAGAGGAUGCUCAGUCCCAAUUCAUGGAAGCGUUCACAAAUCUUUUACAACAUAAACUUGUGGAGCGCUGCCCGAGACCGGAAGCUGUGCUUGGCUUUUCUGAUAACGCCGGCGAUGGACGUCCUGCGAAGAAGGCUCGCGGCUCCAGCAAGAAACGUUCUCUUCCUCUUAAUUUUGAAACACAAGUGCGACGUGUGCUUGCUGCGGCUGCUCCCAUGGAGGCCGAGCGUUUUAGAGGUCCCUCGAGGUGGAUCAUGGACGAAGAUGCUGCAGCUUCCACCCCUUCUACAAGCGAAAAGCGAAAACAUGGAGCAUUGUGGGAUUCAAGUUCCAUGGACGAGAAAGAAGUUCUAUGGCGGGUGAACUUCGAGGAGUGCGUCAAGCUGUUAAGACAUAAGGCUUGCGCGUCCCAUGUAAAUUUCAGUUUUGGUUCCGACGCAAAGACUGUGGUUGAAGCAAUGCUCGAAGCAACCAGAAAAACUGAAACGACAGUGAAGGCUGCCUUCUCAGACGCUUUAACCCUCAACGACAUACUUAUACUGAGGUCGGACUGGACAGCCCCAGUGGUUCGUAACGCUCUUAAAAGAAUGGUGGAGGAAGGAUUCAUAAACUCGGUUGGAGACGCCGGUUCUCACUACACAGUUGCAAUGCAGAAGAUUGUGGAACUGGCCAGGAAAACCGAGGUGGAGUCUAUAGUAUCACAGAGGUUUGGAAAGCCAUCGUCUAGGAUUCUAAGGCUUCUCAGCAAGAAGGGUGGCUCAGAACAGAAAGCGAUUUCCGAGAAAUGCUUGAUACCUGAUAAGGAAGCCUGGCAGCUCCUUUACCAGCUGAUGAAGGAGCGUUACAUUGAGCUACAGGAAGUUCCAAAGUCUGCUGGGGAUCGUGCCCCCGCAAGAACUUUUUAUUUGUGGCACGUAGAUUUCAGCAAGCUCUCUUCUGUGGUGCUGGAGGAUAUGUACCAUGCAGCUUACAAUCUCCACAGGCAGAUCGAGCACCGAUUAGAGCAUGAAAAAGAGCUGCUUAUUAUACCGACAACAGGCUCAUUGUCUAAUGAGCAGCAGCAGAAGCUUGAUCGUCUCCAGUCGAUUGUGAAGAUUCUAGAAGUGUCUAUCUUCAAGCUGAUGAAUACAAUCAUGCUAUAUGAUUUUUAUUGAAAAUAUGAUUUUGACCUAA